CUUGCAAGUAAACAUACCACACUUCCUUCCCUUAAAGCAAUGACAAUAUUCUCUUCAAUGGCAAUCCUGUUGCCUUCUCCUUCUGUCAUCUUCGCUUCCCUCCUCUUCCUCUUCCUCAUUCUAAAGAAAUGGAAGAAAUCCAAUAAUGCCCAAGACCCUUCUUCGAAAUUGCCUCCAGGGCCGAAGAUGCUCCCCCUUCUGGGGAACCUUCACCAGAUGACAGGGUCGCUCCCUCACCACUCGCUUCGGGGGUUGGCAAGGAAACACGGGCCAAUCAUGCGGCUCCAACUAGGCGAGAUCCUGACCAUUGUCAUCUCGUCCGCGGACAUGGUCAAGGAAAUCCUUGGCAAGAACGAGCUCACCUUCGCCCAGAGGCCCGAGAUCUCGGCCCAUGAGGUCAUGUCCUAUGAGAACUCGAGCUUCGUGUUCUCGCCCUACGGCGAGUACUGGAGGCAGAUGCGCAAGAUUUGCGUGUUUGAGCUCCUGAGCAUGAAGAGGGUCCUCUCUUUUAGAUCCAUAAGAGAGCAAGAGUGUUGGAACAUGAUGAAAGCAAUACAAUCAUCUCAAGGAAAGCCUAUGAACUUGAGCGAGAUGGUACUGAACUUGAUUAACGACAUCACCUCUAGGGCGGCAUUUGGUGAGAGAUGUAAAUAUAGAGAUGAGUUCCUUUCUUUCCUCAAGGAAGUGACACUGCUUGCUGGUGGAUUUGAGCUUCCAGAUCUCUUCCCUUCAAUUUGGUUCUUGCGUUAUCUCUCAAGAAUGAAACAGGCUUGGGAGAGACUGCACAAGAAGAUCGAUGUGAUUCUCGAUCACAUCAUUGAACUACACAGGGAGAAAUUGAAGGGAAACGAUGGGAACAACGAGGACAAAAAUGCAAGAGAAGAUCUUGUGGAUGUGCUCUUGAAUCUCCAGAAGAGUAGUGAAAUGAACUACUUCAUCAAACCACACGUCAUAAAAAAUGUUGUCAUGGAAAUAUUUUCUGCUGGGACAGACACAUCCUCGACGACCAUAGAGUGGGCAUUCUCAGAGAUGCUGCGAAACCCCAGAGUGAUGGAGAAGGCGCAGGCCGAGGUCCGAGCCGUCCUCAAGGGCAAGACACAGGUCCGCGAGCAGGACAUCCAGGGCCUCGAGUAUCUGAAGCUCGUGGUCAGGGAAACCCUAAGGAUGCACGCACCGACCCCGCUCAUGACCCGAGAGUCGAGGGAGGCGUGCACGAUCAACGGCUACGAGAUCCCCAAGAAGACCAAGAUUGUGAUCAACACUUACGCAGUGGGGAGGGACCCCGGGUUCUGGUCAGACGCGGAGUCAUUUGUGCCCGAGAGGUUCAUGAACUCUUCAGUUGAUUUCAGAGGAUCGAACUUCGAGUUCAUACCCUUUGGUGGUGGGAGGAGGAUUUGCCCUGGGAUCAAUUUUGGGAUUGCAAACAUUGAGCUUCCCUUGGCUCAGCUCCUGUACCACUUCGACUGGUCUCUGGCUGAUGGGCUUAAAGCAGGAGACCUGGACAUGUCUGAGACUUUUGGGAUCACUUCUAGGAGGAAGACUCCCUUGAUCAUGGUUGCUGAGCCCUGUGUCCCCUUCUCUUACGAUGGAGAUCAUGAUGAGUAGUUAUCGAGAUAUGUAGCCAUGCGUGUUAGAUGAAGUCAUUUGUCAAGUCUACCACAUGUGUGGGGGAGUUCAUGGUUGGGGAAUUUAAUUCUGUUUGUGUUUUUGCUUCUGUCACUUGUAUGAUAUUGCAGUUCCUAUUUUGGGACUUGCUGAAUCCAAUCAACGAGCUCAUGUGAUCAAAAGCGACAUUGCGAACUCCAUAUGCACU